GUUUUUUUUUAACGGCCGCUCAGCUGAUCGUGACGUACCGUAUUCACAGCAGACGGCAGAAGGACAUACAGAUAUAGAAGUUGUGUCUCAAUUACACGCUGAAGUAAUGAAGCACGGUGUGCCAACGGUAAGCGGGGGAAUCUAACGGAAUGCUUAUGUUGAAAGAGCGUCAGUUCCUUUGACCCACGUCUUGGGACGGACUGUGUUCCAGUGACUUCACCGAAAUAUCGCAGCCCUGUUUACAGAGGCACGGCUCCUCCUGGGUGGAUAAACUUCUAAAAAAAUUAACAGGUGCACUGAGCUAAAGGGCGCAAUGGUGGAUUAUUAUGAUGUUCUGGGAGUGUCACGAAAUGCUUCUCCGGACGACGUCAAGAAAGCUUACAGGAAAUUGGCUCUACGGUGGCACCCUGACAAGAACCCAGACAACAAGGAGGAGGCAGAGAGAAAAUUCAAGGAGAUAGCAGAGGCCUAUGAAGUUCUUUCAGACAAAAGCAAACGGGAAGCUUAUGACAGAUACGGUAGAUCCGACAUGCCAACCUCGGGCUCUGGUAGCUCUUCAUUUCCUGAUGACUUCCCAGGAUUCACCUUCACAUUCCGCAGCCCAGAUGAGGUUUUUCGAGAGUUCUUUGGAGGGCAGGACCCAUUCGCUGACUUUUUUGAUGAUUUCCCAUUUGGUGGGAUGCAUAGUGGGUUUCACAGCUCCUCCAGGCUUGGGCCCAGUCGCUUCUUCUCAUUUCCCACAGCAAAUGUUGACUUCACCUCCUUCUCUUCUUCAAUGGGAGGGAUGGGCAGCAUGGGAGGGGCAAACUUCAAGUCUGUUUCUACUUCUACCCGCGUUGUCAAUGGAAAACGUAUCACCACAAAAAAGGUCAGAGAAAAUGGACAGGAGAGAACUGAGGUUGAGGAGGACGGGGUUUUGAAAUCCAUUCUCAUUAAUGGUGUGGAGGAUGAGAUGGCUUUAGCUUUAGAACUAAGUCGUAGAGAGCAGUCAGGUCAGCCUUCCAGACGGCCCCAACAACCACUGCUUCGCCCUUCCAGCAACAGCUCUCCAAACCCUGCCCUGCGCUCCUACAGUGCUGCCCCUUUCUAUAACUGCCCCAAUGCCAGCCAAGAUGAGGACGACGAAGACCUACAGAUGGCGCUGGCCUACAGCUUGUCGGAGAUGGAGGCCCAGCAGCGGGCAGACGACAUGAUCUCAGGUGCUGAGGGAGGGAGGGUGAAGCGACCAGGGGGUGGUGGUGGCAGUGAAUGUGGGAAUGGGAGGGGUGCCACUAAGAAAAACAAAUCUGAGAGGGCUGGGACAGAUGAUUCAGCACUCAGCUCCCCCUCUUCUCCAGAGGAUAGAGUAGCAGAAAAGGGGCUGGAUAAGGGAUCCGAAUAUUUUUAUCAAGAGGGUGUUGUUGUAAAGGAGAAUGAAAAAACAGUGGCUAAUGGGACUAAUAUGAUAAAAAAGAGGAGGAAGUGUCAGUGUGUGGUCUGUUAGUAAGAGUGUUUAGAAUAAUCCUGCUUGUUGAACAUGUUAUGUUAGUGUGUUGGCCCUAUGUUUAUUUGAUGUGUUUUUGAUCCUUCAUGAAGUGUUGGACUGUGCCUUGACAUAAAGCUCUCUGUUUCUUGUGGCAGGGCUUAUGGCAUUGCACAAGGAUGAAUGUGCUGAUUUUGUAUAUUUUUGCAUUACAGUAUAAACAACAGGUGCCAAAAUGUGUUUAUUCACCACAAAGAAGGCCAGAGGAUACACACUAAAAAUGUAAAAAUUAAAGGUGCGGUAUGCACCAUUGUUUUUGGAACCAUGCAUAAAAUGUCCCUACUACCUGACAUUGCUCUAAGAAAACACACAUCUCUGUGACAGCCUUUAGCUCAGUCAAAUCAGCUAAAAAGCAAUAUUAGCUAUAUUACUAUUAGCAAAUCCGAAAAUGCCAGCCAUAUGCCAACCAGUCAGAAAUGCUCUCUGCUUUUUUAAUUGUUUUUCUCACUCAGGAUUUGCUAAUAUCGUGUUGGUUAACAUGGUUUUGGAGGUUGGGGGUUUAAAGAGAAUGUGUGUACCUGCACUUGAGAUUAGCACACUUACAUGUGCAAGGAUCAUUUAUAUGUGAUAAACAGGGUCCAACUUCACCCAAUAAUAGUCAAUAAUACUAAAAAGAGCUAAAACCUCUAUGAAUUCUUGGUAACUAAUUUUAGUUUCUUUUGACCAAGGUAUUUACUACAACCUCAAUUCUUGAUCAUUUGAAUUAUUUACACUUCAAAUCAUAAUUUUAUGGAUUUUUAAGUCAAUGAAGUUGAAGGAACUUGACAUGCAACUCACAAUUAUUAAUUUACUUUAUGUGUCCCUCUGAGUUCACCUUAUAAUUUUAUAUUUUAUGUUACAAUUAUUAAUGCAUAUUAAAUACGUUUUUGAGUAGAAUAAAUACAUUUUCAUGUUAUGGUUGUUGAGACAACUAAUCAUUUUGUGAUAAGGAUUUAUUGACAUUGAAAUAACUAAAAACUAUUGUGUUUUGAAUGAUGUUGCAUCCAUGCUUCUAGGUGUCAGUGUAAACAUUUCUGAUUGCACCUUUGAAGUUAGCAAAAUGGUUGAAGUUAGCAAAACAGCUUUUAAAUCCACUAUUAGAUAUGACAUUUGGCUGCCAAAUGAAGAGACAGUAAAUGCUCUUCCCUUAAAUUCUCAUUUUUUAUAAAAUUGCAGCUGAGGAAGUUAGAGUGUUUCAGUUUAUGCUUAGCUGCCUAUUUGGCAUCUCAUUCCCAAAUACCUUACAAUUAAUGGUUUCAACAGAACAAGUUUUCAAGUUCAUCAAUGUUUUUAAAAGGAUUUCAGGGACUCUGUCUGGUAAUUUUGAUGCUAGCUGCAGAUACAUCAAUACACAAAUGAUUAUUGUAAUGGUUUCUUCUAGAACAGAGGUUAUCUGAUUCUUUGUAGUGACUAAGGCUCUCCAUUAAUCUGGAUUUAUUUGAAAACGGCGUUUGCGUUUUCGAAGCACACUCCAUCCACACUGCUGUUUUCAAACAUUUUCCAAACGUCACUCAUCCACACUGAAAUGUAUGGAAACUCUUAAAUUCCCUUACUGCACAAGCGAAAAAUCACCGUUCCAUGUACGGUCUGAAACGCAAUUGUUCUCGUGCUCCGUCUGGAUAGCAAUUUUGAGUAAACUUCUCAAUGCAAUGAGAAGGUUGUACAAAGUAACAUAUAUCUUUAACAAUGCUAUCAAAGUGAAUAGCAGGCACAACAAUGCCACUACAACAUGGGCCACCAUCUUGAUUGUUGCAGUUGAAUGGAUCACACGACUUCUUCACAUGACAACAAUUUUAUCAUCGAUUUCAGAUAUUUUCAUUUCCCAUUCACACUACAUCGUGAAGAUGGCAUUUUCAAAUUUAUCCACUUGGGAAGCCUUUUCGCUGCCAAAAAUUGCUGUCUCAGUGUGGACAGAAGGCCAAAACAUAGAGAAAAAGAUUUUAUGGAUGUGGCCUAAGUGUCUAAGUGUCUGGAUGCUUUCUGGUUCUUUGCUGCAUUUCUCAUAUUCAUUCCUGUUGAACGUGAUAGGUAUACAGUAUUUUAUGAGAUGAAUGGUAAAGAUUUUUUUUUAAAAGACACCACUAUCAAAUUAUUCCCCCAUUACUUUGAAAGAAGUUAUAAACUUUUGCACAAAAAGACCAAUAUAAUCACACUGUCUUUGAAGGCUAGUGCAGUACGUAAUGGCCUGUAAAUGAUGUAGAUACAGUACAUAGUUUUCUUAAUUUAUUUGCUAAAAUAACAGUGACAAUGACACUCAUCUCUAGUUUUAUAUGCAUCAAAUUGUUCAGUAUUAUUAAUGGUUUGUGGCUUUUUUAGGAUAAGAAUGCAUGGCUGUGGUUGCCAGUGCCAUAUAUUAUGUGCCAGCUCGUUUGCAAAACAUGUUUACCAGAGAAGCACAUUUUACUUAUUAUUAUUUGUCUGUGUGGUUUCUUUCAUAAUAGCCAGCAACUGCGUAAUGUGAAAUGAACAAUCAAAACCUCAAUAAAUAAAAAAAAAUUCUGCUUAAAAAAACACUAGACAAAGCACAAACAGUUAGAAUGUUAUGCUAUGCGAAUGUUUAUCAAAUACGUUAUUUUGUAUAAUUAUAGAAAUUGCAAAGCAAAAACGAGUUACAAAAUUAUUUGCUCUUAUGUUUAAAAAUGUUAUGUGAGAUGACAAUUAUGAGUAUCCUAAUUCAGAGGGAUUCAUUUUGGUGCUCUGAAAGUGAUAUUUAUAAAUGAUUUAAUUUAUUUCAAAUGCUGUUUCAAUCAUUGUUAACCUGAAGUUGUUGAUGCUAAUAUGAGAAACAAUAAACUGAAAUAAAUCAGUUUUGGUCAUAAGCAUUCAUUUUUAGAACAUAGAAAGUAUUUUUGAUGGACUGCAAACGUUUGUUAAUUUGCAUCCUUCUACAUUGAGACUCAACUCAUGAUAUUUUUGUCCACUUUACCUGAUAAUGAGUGAACUUUUUUUGCCUUUAAUUCUAAAUCUCUAUGUAGUAUUGUCAUGGGAUUUGUAACUUGCAAGAUGCAAAAGGUUGAAUUCCUGUCUUAAGUGAUCAAGAGACCUAAUUGUAGCUGCAAUCCAAUUUUCAAGUCUAGCUAUAUGCACUAAAAGCAUCCCAUUCAUAUUUUUCAGAGAUUUUUUGUUGUUGUUAGUACCGCACAUUUAUGUAAUCUUUCCCACUCAUGGAUUUUAUUUGUGCAUUAGCAUUUAAUAUAUAUUUGUCUUUUUGCCUGACUCAUUUUCCCUGCUG